AGAGGCACUGUAGUUGCCUGCUUGUUCUCUCUUGGAUCACUUGCACUGGGAGAAGCCAGAGUUACCAUGUCACGAGGAACUCAAGCAGCCCCAAGGAAAGGCCCAUGUGAUGAGAAUGGAGACCUCCUGCCAGCAGCGAUGUGAAUGAGCCGUACUGGAAGCAGGUCCUCCACCCUAGUUAAACCUUCAGAUGUUUUUAGCCCAGGAGAUGUUGACUGAAACCCCAUGAGAGAUCCUGAGCAGAAGCUCCCAUCUAAGCCACUCCCAGAUGACCCACAGAGACUGAGAUAAUAAUGUUCAUUGUUUUAGUAUGAGUCCUGGACUUGGAGUCUUUAACCCUGAUACUUGAUAGAAUCCUUCUGAUGAAAAGAAGCAGGGGAAGAGGAAGCAGUAUGUCCAUGGAGGUCCCCAAGGCAGCCUCCAUGGAGGAGUAGAAGGCAAUGGAAGAUAAAGUGACGAGUCCAGAGAAAGCCGAGGAAGCAAAAUUAAAACCAAGGUAUCGUCAUCUGGGACAAAAGCCUGGAGGUUUAGAUUUCUUAAGGAAACUAUUGCAGAAAGGGCAAAAAUACUUUGAUGCCAGGGAUUACAACCUGGCUAAAACACAACUGAAGAGCAAGCAGCUUCCUACUGCAGCUCUAAGACAAGUCACUGGUGACCGCAUUCCCACUCCACAGAAACUUCCUCCACAGAAACCAUCCCUUGCUGCCAGCAAGCUGGCUGGCUGAUUAAAA